AUCGAGUCUGGACAGUCGAAGCUCGCUCUGUUCUUCUCGGAGCUUCAUUGUCAGUGGUUCGAGCUCUCCAAUCUCCCGAAGCGAUUCGCUGCGACCAGAAAAUGAGGCACCGGCUUUUUAGAGUCGCCUCGCACAGUCGCAGCAGGAAGCAACUGCCUCUGCUCGUCUCGCGCUCAUUCUCGCCACUUAGCUCGCAAUCGGAUCGGCCUCCGUUUGGCAUUGCCUUCGACAUCGACGGCGUGGUUCUCCUCGGCGAUACUCCCAUCGGCGGUUCUCCGCGCGCGCUCAGGAGAUUAUACGAUGAUUCUGGAAAGUUGAAGAUACCUUUCGUGUUCUUAACAAAUGGAGGUGGCUUUUCUGAAUCCAAAAGAGCCCAGGACUUAGGUCAACUAUUAGGAGUCAACAUUUUACCUUCACAGGUCAUACAAGGCCACACACCUUUUAAACAACUGGUGAAUAGAUUUGAGAACGAACUUGUCGUUGCUGUAGGCAAAGGAGAACCUGCUGCUGUGAUGUCUGAAUAUGGAUACAAAAACGUUCUGUCAAUUGAUGAGUACACUAGCUACUUCGAUGCCAUUGAUCCACUGGCACCGUACAAGAAAUGGACAACUAAGCCAGACAUUGACCAGAAUAGCACUUCUAAGGAGACGGCGAAGAGAAAAAUUUCUGUACAAACACAGAGAGUUCAGGCAGCAUUCAUAGUCAGUGAUCCUGUUGACUGGAGCAGAGAUAUUCAGGUGCUCUGUGACAUAUUGAGAACUGGAGGGCUUCCUGGAAGGGAGUCUGGAAAACAACCUCUCCUGUUUUUUGCAAAUGAUGACCUCGAAUACCAGGCCACUUUUCCUGCUGAACGUCUGGGUAUGGGAGCUUUCAGGAUUGCGUUAGAAGCAAUCUAUAAUAGAAUAAAUCCCAUUCCACUGGCAUAUACAUCAUAUGGGAAGCCAAAUCCGUUUGUCUAUGCAAAUGCUGAGGCCAUAGCUGAGACCUUGUUAAGGAAUCUUAUGCUGCUUAACAAAUACGGGGAGAAUUCUAUAAACCAUAGACUUGGUUGGUUCAAAACACUAUACAUGAUAGGAGAUAAUCCAAAAAUCGACAUUAGAGGCGCACAACGGGCAGGAGAUCGUUGGUUUUCCAUAUUAACAAGGACAGGGGUAUUCAAGGGAAAAGACAAUCAUUCAGAGUUCCCUGCAGACUUGGUGGUGGAUACUGUUGAGGACGCUGUCGACUUCAUCUUGAGAAAGGAAUGCCGUUCUUGACAUUGCCUAGAUGAAAAGAUGCCUUUUCUUUCUGUGGUACCUCAAGGAUCGUCAAUUCUUUGGAAGCUGAUACAAUCUUUCCAUCUCGUGUUUUCCCUAUCUUAAAAAAGUAAUUGCCAUUUGCUAGUCGUUUAUGUAUUAUUUUGCUUAUGGUGUUUCAUGUAGACGUUCCCCAAAGGCGGUCACCAUGCCCUUUUGGAUAAGGUAGAAUCAAAUUAAACAAUCCA